UUAAAAAUAAUGAAAAUUGAGAAAUUUAUUCUAGUACUUCUUUGCUUGUUUCCGAAGGAGAAAAAAUGGAAAAAGCUUUGAAGAAUUAUCAAUUUUGCAAGAGCCAGAGCCUUAAAGGCUAUUAAAUGUAUUUACAUUAGAAGAUUCCUCUAUAGUUUGAACGUUGACUGACUUAAUCAAUGGCUUCCUUAAUGAUGAAUUAUUGGCUCAACUCAUUCUUUAUUCCAUACACACCAAUAAUCACACAAUUUAUCUAUCUAGCUUUGUUUCUAGGCAGAGCUCAAAAGGGUCAGACUUAAAGAUGAAUCAGUGUCUAUUUAGCAGUGGUUCAGAAAUGGCAAAUCUGGUGGUGGGUUCUGAUUUCCCCCAACAAUCUUGGAAGAAGAUUAUGGAGCUUUCCAAUGGAAUUUCUUCAUCGUUUCAGGGUCUCAAAUUCGAAAAAUACCAAGUGGGAAAGUUUACCAUUAUAGCUUUUGCUACUUCACCAUCUUUUGCCAAGGAAAAGCUUCAACAAGGCUCAAAUUUGGUUCCAUCUUCAUCACCAACAGUCAAGGAAAGUUUUGAUCUUUUUGAAUCUCUUACUCAGAAAACACAUUUCUCCAUUAAUGAAGCUGCCAUUACUCUCUUCAACCAGUACCUUAAGGAACUUUCUCAACUCAAAAAUAAGAUUGACCCUUCCAUGCCACUAAUUGUCACUGGCUGCUCUCUGGGAGGCUCAAUCGCCUCGCUCUUCACCUUGUUGCUGUUAGAAAGCGGUAUCUUUACAAAGGAUCGGGACAAGCGCAAACUACUUUGUAUCACUUUUGGAUCACCCCUUAUUGGGGACAGUUUCCUGCAAAACACACUGGCUAAAUUCUCAUGGAAUUCUUACUUCCUGCAUUUGGUCUCAGACAAAGAUCCCGUGCCUAGGAUCUUCAAAGACCUGAAACCAUUUGGUACAUUUCUUUUGUGUUCUGAAUCAGGGUGUUCAUGUUUUGAGGAUCCCGAAACCAUUUCACAUUUGUUGGUGGAAACUGCGCCCUCACAGGAGGCUGCAAAUCGAAAUCCUUUUCAAGAAAUGCAGCAUUUGUUCGAUUAUGAGAAAAUUUUAAACCGCCUUAGGAGUAAGGCCUUUUGCAAACUCAACUCUGAUGCAGACUCAGCCUCAAAUCCUUUCAAGGCAAGCAUUAUCACACAGCUCUCUGCCAUAGGGAUCACAACAACACAACCCCAGCAUGAUAAUCAGCUGAAGAUAGAUGAGCUAGCUGAGAAGAUGGAAAAACAGCAAAGAAAGUUCUUGAUGGGAAGGAACAAGUCUUUGAUUAUGUUGAAGAAAUUGCCUGCAAUAAAAAAAUAUAUGGCACAAAUUGAAUGGUACAAAUAUUGGGCUAAGGAUAAAGAAAUUGGAUACUAUGAUAGCUACAAGAAAAAACUGUUCAAAGCUGAUAUGGAUGUUGAAGAAUUUCGCAAAAAACUUACAAACUAUUGGAUAGACAUGGUUGAAGAAGAGGAGAAGAAACCCCAUAAAGGAUUGUUUGGUUCGAAACGAUUCCUUUUCGCUGCAACAAAUUACAGAAGAAUGGUGGAACCACUUCAUAUCGCCAAGUACUACAAGAAGGAUGGAAGAAACUAUGAAGAGGAAGGAAGAGAUAGACACCUCAUCCUCUUGGAGCAAUGGCAGAAGGGAUCGAAGGAACAGAAAAAUACCCCGAAUGACAAGAAAAAGAAACUGAUAAAUGAUAGUCUCACUGAAGAUUCUUGCUUUUGGGCAAAGGUAGAGGAGUCUAUCCUUAUAUGCAGACUCUUGAAGGAAACAGAAUCAUCAAGUGUUGAAGAGAAAAAAUCUUGCAAAGAAAAGUUGAAGCUGUUUGAGGAUUAUGUAUUUGAUUUACUGAAAAACUAUGCAGUUUCACCUGAGAUAUUCUUGAAAGGUAGUAGUUUUAGCCUUUGGUGGAAAGAUUACAAGGAAGUUAUGGGAAGGAACUAUAACUCACCCCUCACUAACUUCAUGAAUACUCACAAGUAUGAAGAUUAUGCCAAGGGAAAUUUCUAAACUAGAAGUUAGCAUGAAACUCAAAAAUCACAUUUUUUUGAGUCAAGUUAUUCUUUUGAUCAUCUAUUUUUCCAAUGAUCAAUGAGCUGUAAUUUUUAGUAUGUUUACUGUUUUCUUGGUAAACAAAUUUGCUCAAUUAUGUAAAAUUUUCAUUAUUUAAGAGAUUGAAAUUAAAAAAAAAAAAGAAAGUAUUAAUGA